GGCAGAGCGGCUCGGGGCCCCAUUUUAUGGCAAUAAAGCGACUUAGCGCCUGCUGAGCGAGCCCCUCCCAGCCGCCGCCCCCGCCCUCGGCCCCACCCCGGGGCUCGCCCGCAGCGGCGGGGCUUUGUUUCUGGGGAGGAGGACCUGGAGCUCUUUUGUUUGGGGGUUUGCUGUUUUCAACUCCCCCCCACCCCACACACACCCCAACCUCACCCCACCCCGCCCCACCCCCCGCGCCUCUCGGAUUUCCUGAGCUGCGGGCUGCAAAGGGAGGAGAAGCAGCUUCUUGCAACCCCCUCGGCUGGGCCCCGGGGUAAUUCGAUGCGGGCCUGGCGUGGCUCCCCACGUUAGACCCGGGCUCGCGUCUCGGCAGCCUCCACCCACCGGCCCACCCUACAUUUAGCGCAUCAUGUGAUCCGGAUUACUGUGCCAAACAAGCUCCGAAAUCUUUGAGGAAAGCAGUCAUUUUCUCAGGAGCUCAGAGUGACUGUAGACACAAAUGGAUGACUGAAUAUUCAUAUGAAGAGGAAACCCAUAAAGAAUCUCAACACCCUUGAGAACAGAAUGCUAAUGCUUGAUGGGAUGCCGGCAGUCAGAGUCAAAACAGAGCUUUUGGAAUCUGAACAAGGGUCUCCAAACGUCCACAACUACCCCGAUAUGGAAGCUGUUCCCCUCUUGCUAAAUAAUGUGAAAGGGGAGCCCCCAGAGGACUCAUUGCCUGUAGAUCACUUCCAGACACAAACCGAGCCAGUGGACUUGUCAAUCAACAAAGCCAGGACCUCCCCUACCGCAGCUUCGUCCUCCCCUGUCUCUAUGACAGCGUCUGCCUCCUCACCUUCUUCAACUUCAACCUCUUCAUCAUCUUCUAGUCGUCCAGCCUCAUCGCCCACUGUUAUAACAUCAGUAUCUUCAGCAUCGUCUUCGUCAACAGUGUUAUCUCCAGGACCCCUUGUUGCCUCUGCAUCUGGCGUGGGCGGCCAGCAGUUUUUGCACAUCAUCCAUCCUGUCCCACCUUCCAGUCCCAUGAACUUACAGUCUAACAAACUCAGUCAUGUUCAUCGAAUCCCUGUGGUGGUACAGUCAGUGCCGGUUGUCUACACAGCUGUACGGUCACCUGGAAAUGUGAACAACACUAUCGUUGUACCGCUCCUGGAGGAUGGGAGGAACCAUGGUAAAGCACAAAUGGAGCCCCGAGGCCUAUCUCCCAGACAGAGUAAAAGUGACAGUGAUGAUGAUGACCUGCCAAAUGUGACCUUAGAUAGCGUUAAUGAGACCGGAUCCACGGCCCUUUCCAUAGCCAGAGCAGUACAAGAGGUACAUCCAUCCCCGGUAUCCAGGGUCCGAGGAAAUCGAAUGAAUAACCAGAAGUUUGCUUGUUCAAUCUCACCAUUUAGCAUCGAGAGCACAAGGCGCCAGAGACGAUCAGAAUCCCCGGACUCUAGGAAGCGGCGCAUCCACAGAUGUGACUUCGAAGGGUGCAACAAAGUCUACACAAAAAGUUCUCACCUGAAGGCACACCGGAGAACACACACAGGGGAGAAGCCCUACAAAUGCACGUGGGAAGGCUGCACCUGGAAGUUUGCCCGUUCAGAUGAACUGACCAGGCAUUACCGCAAACACACGGGAGUGAAGCCAUUCAAGUGCGCGGACUGUGACCGCAGCUUCUCCAGGUCAGACCACCUGGCACUGCACCGUAGGAGGCACAUGCUGGUGUGAGGAAGGCUCCGGUCCAGCGGUGUGCAAGAGCUGGGUCUCUUCAGGAGCAACUAACUCAGCAGGGCUGAGCUCCCUCUACAGUGUUAACGUCAAGGGCACCACCAUUCCCACGGUGCCUGAAACCAGAGCAGGAACAAGAAGGAACCCUUCUCCCUUCGGCCUGAAGGUAACCCCCCAUCAUGACCACACGUGUGAGAGAGCUGUGUUCACGCUGGCCUGGGAGUUCAGCGCCUCAGGUCCUGAAGAGACAGGCAUCGUUUUCCUUGCUAUGUCCUCUGCCAUUGAAAAGAUGUUUGUCGCUUGUACAUUUUUCGAGCUAGCAGACACUCUGCUAUCAGUCCCUAAAAGGUCAUCUGCCGCAAAUUGAUGGUUAGAGGAGACCUUCUCAGUUUGGAUGAUUCUUCCCUGGCACCCCCCCCCCACCCCAACCCUAACCCCAAACCCUUUUGACAACAAUUUCAAUUCCUAUCUCAGUAAGCUAGAACACACAUCCAGUCUGUUACCAGCAAGCAACAUGAAUUAGAGAGGAAGGGGCUAUUGGAGAUGCUCUGUUACCCAAAAAGAAAGGCACACAGAAGUUAGCCCUCUGUGGUAGUGAUGGCGGAGCUAGAUAGUGCUCACACCCUGUCCUCAUGCGUCCCCCGAAAAGAACCAACAUUGAGUCCUUUCAUUUGUUUGUUGUUGCUUGUUUCUGUUCUGUUUUGUGCAUCUAUUCCAGCAGAGGGGCCGAGCAGUUUCUCAAAGUCUAGUCCUGCUCCUCCCUGGCAUGGACUGGCAGAGGUGUUCUGUAGUUGAAUAGGAAGAGCCUGUCUAAAAUAAUAAUAAUAAUAAUAACUACUGCCCCACUUCAAAUUGCAGUGAUCUGUCACCUAAGCACCAUCUCCUCCUGCCCUUCGUGUUUGAUUACAAGGAAUCGAGGGGAGGGGGGCUUUCUUAGACUCACUGGCACCAAGGUAAGAGGUGGAACUGCCCAGGCAAAGGCAGUGAACGUGAAAACGAGACAAAGCAGAGAUGGAAAUAAUGCUCCUCUUGAGGAGAAAAGCAAUAAUGAAUAGAAGGACUUUCCUACAAUAACUCCACUGAGGACUCACGUUACCGAUUUUCAUACUUACUAAAGGGAUUGUAAAAAACACCCCAGCAUUUCAGAUGUCUUAGUUACAUCCACAACACGGAGGUAAUCUUUCCACUGUUUGUUGUCCUACUUGCUUAAGUACCACAAUUAAAGAUUAUGCUCCCCUUCUCUUGGUUGAAAACAGUUAUUUGGUGACUAGAGAGGCAAGAGGGCGGUAGAGUGGAGGAUUAACUCUUCAGCCAGUGAGUCUGUUCCGCUUGGGCAUGAGUCCUGGAAAGAGUCUCCCCAUGGAAACCUGCCCUGGUGCUACUUCUCCAACUCGGAGAGCCAAGAGUCUGACUCUACGCACUUCACUUUUAAAACCAUCCCAGAAUCCCCAUGUUCCCACAUUGGCAUCUGCAGGGACAGACAACCUGCUUCUCCUGGGAGAAGGGUCAGAGCAAAGUUAGGUUCCAUCCUUCCUCUCAAGUGAAGAGCUUUUUGUAUCUAGCAAAAAUGUACAGGAAAAGCAAUCCAUCCCCAGCAAGCACUCUUUCCAACAUAUUUUGUCCCCACUAAAAGCUGCUGUUUUCCCAGCAUUAUGUGGCAAUUGGGUUUGGUGAGAUUUUUUUUUUGUUGUGAAGACGUUUUAUAGUUUAAAUAUAAAAGGUCUCUAGUGAAGGCCUUUGCAAUAUAUUUCAAUGACACACUUGAUUUGGGGAAUUGCACAAAUCAACCUCAUAAGAUUCCUAGCUCAUUUUUAAAUGUGUGCACAUUCUAAAAUGAUUUCUGGUAGUGGUUAUUCUUUAUAGUAUCAGCUUCUAAUUUGGAUAAUUGUAUUCUGACAAAGCAAAAACUAUAAACGUUACAAGGAGAGCCAUUUAUGUUGGGUAGCUUUUAAAAGACUUUUAAUAAAUGUUCAGGCAAACAUAUCAUAAUUUACAGGUCAAGUCCCAGCUUCAGAAAUCUGUGCUCUAUAUUCUCUGCCAGGUCUAAGAACUUCAUCAGGCAAUUUCUCUCCUACAAGGGCUGUAGUUCUAUUGAUAAAUAGCUUCAGCUACACAGGUUGGUACCCACCAGCCAGCAGGGUUUUUGGGUUUUUGUUCUUUUUAUUUUUUUUGGUUCUUGUUUUUUGUUUGUUUGUUUGUUUUUUAUAUACCAACUGGAACAUUUUUUAAUCUGUACUGUAUGCAGUUCCUACUUGUCAUUGCCUGUAAUCAUCCAGAAUAAAACCAGGUUUCCUGAUGCAUGCCAGCAUUAGUGACUGGCCAGGGCAAAGGACACUGACAGUAGCAAGCAAGUUUGAUCCCUCAAGCGCUGGCCCCAGAGCCUAGUUGGCAGGCAGUAAGGGAGACACUCAAGUGAAGUAUAGAUUUGGCUUAGUUCUAUCUGCUUUCCUAUGAGCCAAACCUUUUUCCACUGAGAAGCAUCUUCCAAGUUUUACCAGGAGAAUUCACUGAACUGAUAAGCAAGGCAAGCUUCCUGACUGACAUCUUAAUUUAAAUUUAGCACAGAACUAAAUGAGUCCCACCUCUCUAAGAGCAUAGGGAAGACGUGGGGGAAGUGAGCUCUUCCCCCUCACUCCCUUGUAAGUGGAAAGCAUCUGAGAUGGAAGGGUAAGGAUGAAACCCCCCACCAUGACAGCCUUUCCCUCUUUAUGACAUAGCGAUAUUUUUAGAAGAGAUGCAAGCACAAAUGAACACACCCCUGAUCUGGUCCAAGAACUGAAACUUAUUUGGCACUUGUCUGGGGGAUGUAACCCAUCCUCCUUGGUAUGUUUCAUAGGGGGGAUUCCCUUAUAACAGAAAGUGGUUUGAAACGAAAGGAAAUGGGACAUCCUUAGGCACAGAAAAGCUGCCACCCAUUUCAUAUUCAAGUCUAGCUUCUUGAAAAGCACAGUGUAUGAUAAACCAUCAAAAGGAGAGAGAGAGAGA